AUGCCACUACAGCCUAGACGCACGUGGUCCGCUGAGGACGAACGUCGCAGGCGCUUAGAGGAAGAUCCAGAUGCGUAUGAUGUGGGGCCGCACACUGUUACUUGUGCAGGAUGCCAUCGGCCCAUUCGACUCAAUGCUACUGGAAGGUAUUAUGCCGCUAAUUGGAAUAAACACAAGAUGGGCUGCAAGAAUACCAAUGCAGCAAACGGUGCAAGUGCUGUAUCGGCGGAAUCAAAGUUCACUGGGCGUGUUGCCGCCUUCCGCGUCGCCAAGCCGGCAGAGUCCUCCGAACCCUUUACGAUCCCAACGAAACUCAACACGUUGACGUCGCAGGAAUCUAGACAUCUUCCUGCACAUGUUCUAUACCCUUCAUCACAUCGGCUAGAUGGUACAGAACGUACAGACUCAUGGUCUGAUCAUUUCCCUGCUAAAGGCUUAUCUUCGGUCGGGGAACACGGGACAGCAUCGACCUCGUACCGCGGAGAACGCUCGGGGAUGAGCAGACGGUCUGCCAACGAUCAUUCAACUGAUGCGUCGGACAAGAGGGCUCCAAUCGCACUCACUCACUCCGAUACCCCUAAAGCACAGGUGGACAAGGUACCUGAAUCACCUACGCUAUCAGGGAUGCGCAGGCAAUUACGGAGUCCGACUGGACCGUUGUCCCGUGUGGAGGAACAAGAAGCAUACGGGUCUAUGCGUACCCCGUUAAGGGGUGAACGAGAGCGGUAUGGCCAGAGUCCACAUGCCAUACAAGCAAUCGGCCCUCAGCGGAAAGAACCGUCCCCUCUACAUCAUUCGGAAGAUGCCUUUCGUCACGAUACUCAUCAGCCUCCGUUAGAAGCACCGCCCAAAUUUCAGCGUGUGCUUGAUAAGGGAAAGGACCAUCACAUCGAGCACACCUCACCGCACGUUCUUCAGCGAGCGAUUGAACAUAAACACCAAUAUUUGGCGGCUGAAUUUCAACGAAGAGGCACGCCGAUCGAGCAUGUAUAUGCCAUCAAUCGCACAAGUAAUAUUGACUCAAUUGCUAGCCAAGAGAGAUCUUCUGGGCUUGGAAGGCAAGCUCACAGACCACGGGUUCUAGCAGAGCGAGGCUUCGUCUCGGACUUUGGUAGUGAUUCUGCGGCUUCUUCACCAGAAUUCAGUGCUUCACGGUUAGGCAGGUCAUUGAGCAACACUACGUCAGCUUUCUCGGACUCCACAUUACAAGCUUACAGCCGUCUGGAUGACCGUGUUCUUCCUCCCCUCAGCUCAUUGUCACUGACACACAGGGCCAACUCAAAUUCUUCAGUAGCAACUCUUGAGAAGCCCACUCAUCACAAUUCCCAAAACGAAGAACGCCACAAUAGCUCCAGCCUCGGCGCUAGUCUGGAUCGCAGCCCGUUGUGGCGAGAGCGAACGCAUGCAUGGGUUCAAGCGGGAUCGGCAUGGUCGGGGUCAGACCGCGAGGCCCCGGAGUCCGUGGUCUUGCCACCUAUCCGUGCCACGUUAGAUUCACCGCCAAGCAAUGCGCCGGGUACGAGACGGCGGCAGAGAGAAGCUGACGGCAGUGAUGACAGCUCCAUGGAUGAAGAUAGGCCAUCUCCGCCGAAGGUGUUUGUCGUGCCCAUGAAUGCAUCGCGCACGUCUUCCACGCCGCGAGCGGAUGAUUUGUCGUUGACUUACAAACCAAAACGCGUAUCUUCGGACGAAGAUGCAAAUGUAGGCGGAGAUUCAAACCGCAGCACUUUUGUGGGAAAUCAAUCCGAACGAAAUGAGAGCAUUGCAAAGGGUUCGCAAAACAAUAUCCCGAGGCUUCACCCUGUCUGGAAAUGGGAGAGGUCCGAGGAUGUACCGCGAUCUCGUGGGUUAAACAGCGAAAACGACGUUCUGAUGAGCUGAAGCUAGCGGGGCAGAACAGCCAACAACAUACCCAGCGGCAUAGACAUAGGAUGCAUUUACUUUUUGGUGGCCUACCUAUUUCAGAUACCCAGAAUGCUUCCUUUCCCAGUAUCCCUUGUUCUUCGUGUAUUUGCAACGCAUGCUGCUGUUGAACAUGAC